AUGUACAACACCACCAGACACAAAUACAGUGACACAACAACAGACACGCCUGGCAACAGGCUGAAGAUCCAGUUGUCAGCAGGGUUUAUGGGACACAAUGGUUCUCCGGGUCCCUGUGAACACAAGUACUGUGGCUUGGGGCGUCACUGCGUCGUGGACCACGAGACCGGCCAAGGGGACUGCAAGUGCCUGGAUCACUGUAAACCGCACUACAAACCCGUGUGCGGCUCGGACGGCAAGCUGUACCAGAACCACUGUGAGCUGCACAGGGCCUCGUGCCUCAGAGGACACCGGGUCACCAUCGUGCACAGCGAGGAGUGCUUCUACAAAGAUGACGACUGCAGACUGAGCGAUUACCGCCGGCUGAAAACCAAGACUCUGGAUCUGCACGACAAGAGGUACACGGGGUCUCGUGUGCACGGCGCCCACAAGGACAACAUGGCUGCCAGGAAGCAACUGGUGGAUAUGAUGUUCAAACGCUUUGACGCGGACAGCAACGGUCAGAUCGAGUCCAGCGAGCUCUCACAGGUGAUCAAACAAGAGGGUCUGUCCAAGGACUUCUCUGAGUGCACGUUGUUCGACCUGCUGAAGUACAACGACGUCAACGAUGACGAGCACCUGACCAAAGAGGAGUUCUACACGGCUUUCGACGUCUACCUGCUCGACCUGCCGGAGGACCAGAAGGUGAGCGUCACCACGGUGGCGGUCGGCCAGAGCGCCGUGUUGACCUGCGCCAUCACCGGGGAGCGGCGGCCUCCGAUCCUGUGGAAGAGAAACGAUCAAUACCUGAACUCCUUGAACCUGGAGGACAUCAACAUCCCGUCUCAGGACUUUGGGGAUGAUGGCUCCUUGUACAUCACCAAGGUGACAACAACCCACAUGGGCAACUACACCUGUCAUGCCGAUGGCUAUGAGAAACUCUCUCAGACCCAUACUCUUCAAGUGCACGUUCCUCCCGUCAUCCGAGUUUACCCAGAGAGCCAAGCCCGCGAGCCGGGCGUCACCGCCAGCCUGCGCUGCCACGCCGAGGGUGUACCUAACCCCCAGCUGGCCUGGCUGAAGAACGGCAUGGACAUCACGAGCAAACUGUCCAAACAGCUCACCCUGCAAGCUAAUGGAAGUGAGGUGCACAUCAGCAACGUCCACUUCGAGGACACCGGCGCCUACACCUGCAUCGCCAAGAACCAAGCCGGCGUGGACGAGGACAUCUCUUCGCUCUUUGUGGAGGACUCUGCCCGCAAAACCCUGGCGAACAUUCUGUGGCGAGAAGAAGGUCUCGGCAUUGGCAACAUGUUCUAUGUGUUCUAUGAAGACGGUAUAAAAGUCAUUCAGCCGGUGGCGUGUGAGAUACAACGACACAUUAAGCCCAGUGAGAAGCUGCUGGCUCUGCAGGAGGAGGUGUGCCCCACCUCACCGGGGGAGGCGGUCCAGAGGUGCGUGUGGUCAUCGGCGGUCAACGUCAAGGACAAGUUUAUUUAUGUGACACAGCCGACCUUGAAUCGAGUGCUCCUGGUUGACGUCCAGACUCAGAAGGCUGUCCAGACGGUCAGCACCGAUCCUUAUCCUGUGAAGCUCCACUAUGACAAAUCUCACGACCAGGUGUGGCUGCUCAGCUGGGGAGACGCCGAGAAGAACUUCCCGACUCUGCAGGUGAUCAAUCAGGCCAGUGGACGAGUCUCCCACCACACGGUGCACACGCAGCCGGUCGGCCGGCGCUUCGACCGGGUGGACGACUUCUUCAUCCCCGCCUCCAGCCUCAUCGCUAACCACGUCAGAUUCGGCCUCAUCCUUCAUCGAAAUGAACCUGUCCUCCACAAGAUCGACCUGGAGACAACGUCAUACGUGAAAAACAUCAGUUUGUGGGAGUAUAACUGCAUCCCCAAGUCAGUGGCCUACACCCACCUCGGCGGCUAUUACUUCGUCAAUUGCCGACCCGACUCCACCGGCGCUACGCAGCCCCAGCUCAUCCUGGACAGUGUGACAGACAGCGCCAUCGGACAAAACCGCGACGUCACCGGCACUCCCUACGUGUCUCCGGACGGUCACUACCUGGUCACUGUGGACGACGGCGACGGCCUGAUGAGGAUCCAGACCAUCACCGAUCGGGGGGAGAUCCAGGAGCCGUUCGACAUCCACACGAACCUUCACCUGUCCGACCUGGCCUUCCAGCGCUCCUUCACUGAGGUCCACCAGUACAACGUGUUCGGGAGCUCGGGCCGGCAGACCGACGCCCUGUUUGUGGAACUGAGCUCCGGCAAAGUCAAGAUGAUCAAGAGCUUGAAAGAGGCCACGAAGUCGUUCGAGUGGCCGUGGAGCGGUAGGAACAGGGUGAUGGCCGGCAGCGGACUGUUCGGCCAGUACCUCAUGACCCCGUCCAGAGAGUCCCUCUUCGUCCUGAACGGCCGGCUCAACAAGCUCAACUGUGAGAUCACCGACGUGGUCAAAGGCAACGUGGUGGUGUGGGUCGGCGAGUCUUAG